AUGGCUAAAACACCAACAAGAAAUAUUUCAGCAACAUUAAAUGAUCAAACCAUUGAUAAUGAUGAUCGAUUUGAUGAUUAUGCAUCUGAAAAUCCAUUGGAUUUUACAGCUGGUAGUAUUCGUCCAAAUGAACAUGCAUUUUUUUCUGAUGUAACAACAAUGAAAGAAUUAGAAACUGAUCUUACAGAUUUAUUACAACGAUUUCGUGAAGGAACAUUACUUGCAUUUAGUCCACAAUUUACGUGCAAUAAAAUGGACACAAUACGAGAAACUCAAGAACAAUUAGCACGAUUACAUUUUUCAUUGGAUAAAGAUUUAUCAACAAUAAAUAUUGAAUCUGAUGAAUGUCAAAAGAAAGCCAAUGAAAAUAUGUCAUGUCUUAUGCAAAAGUUACAAAAAUUAACUGAAGAAAUUGAAAAAUUACCGCAAUUACCACCAGAUCAUCCAAAUAGCAAUGGAACUGAAUAA